GUUCAAUUGUCAAUAAGCAGCUAUUCGUUGUUUGGUUAUUGUGGUCGGCCAAACAUUGAGCAUUUUUGUAAUAUUUAAAGCGUAAACGAUAUUGCCCCAUAUUUUAGCUCUCGAAAUAUAUUUAUUAAUAUGUUUUCGGGUUGUGCAACAAAAUCAAUUCAUUUAGUGCGCGGAGGCUUGCGUGCCCUUCAUAUGGGCACAGUCCGACGCAGCGAUAAUUUAUUCGUGCAUCGCGACACACCGGAGGACAACCCAAGUAUCAAAUUCGAAUUUACGCCAGAGAAUAAGAAGCGUGUUGAAGCUAUUAUCAGUAUUUACCCUGAGGGUUACAAGCGGGCUGCCAUGAUCCCUCUGCUCGAUUUAGCACAACGCCAAUAUGGUUGGUUGCCAAUUUCAGCUAUGCAAAAAGUUGCUGAAAUCUUAGAAGUAUCGCAUAUGCGCGUGUACGAAGUCGCUACGUUUUACACAAUGUUUUUGCGUAAACCAACCGGUAAAUACCACAUUCAAGUGUGCACAACUACACCAUGCUGGUUACGCGGCUCCGAUGAAAUAAUGGAAUGCUGCAAGAAAACGUUGGGUGUUGAACCAGGUGAAAUGACCAAGGAUGGCAUGUUUACGAUUUCCGAAGUAGAGUGUUUAGGUGCAUGCGUUAAUGCUCCGAUGGUAGCCAUCAACGAUGAUUAUUAUGAAGAUUUAACCGUUAAGGAUAUGGAACAGAUAUUAGCUGAUUUCAAAGCAGGCAAAUCUUCACCACCUGGUCCACGCAGCGGUCGUUUUGCCAGCGAGCCUGCCGGCGAACCAAGUUCGCUAACUGAGGAACCAAAAGGGCCCGGAUUCGGUUUACAACCAGCAUUUUCGUAGAACUUUUUUGGAAACCCCUAUUUUUUUGUGCUUUGAUCUUGAAUAAAUCCAAAAUAACGCAAAUAGUUGAUUAACUAAAUCAAGAA